AGCUCACUCUUGUAACGUACGUUUUUUUGUAAUUUUCCUAUUGUAUUUGAUAUCUGCUACAUUAUAGUGCUUGUGACUGCAGAAGAAUUCGUUUCAUAGCGGCUCAUUUAAAAUGGCCUUAUUAACGCUAUACUGGAGUCUGGAUAGCAUCCUCAUCAUUUCGUCCCUGGUGGUUGUCGCUUAUUUCUUCAUGACUCGUAAAUUCAACCACUGGUCAAAACGAGGAAUCUCAGAGCUUCCACCUAGGCCUUUCGUAGGUAACUUCAUGGACUGCCUCCUAUCAAGAAAAUCGGGCUCAGCAUUUGUCAAGGACGUAUACGAUUACGGCGAAGGUUUGCCUUUCCUGGGAUUCUACGUUUUUGACAAGCCUUGCCUCUUAGUUCGCGAUCCAGAACUCGUGAAGCACAUCCUAGUGAAGGACUUCGAAUAUUUCCCUGAUAAGUACGCGACUGCAGAUGAGAAAGAUGAUCGUUUUGGAUACGCAAAUGUGGUCCUGAUGAAAAAUUCGGGAUGGAAAUCACUCAGGCCAAAACUGACGCCGGCAUUUACCCCGGGCAAGCUAAAGAAAAUGUUCGAUUUAAUGUUGAUAAUAGCUGACGAUCUCGGAAAACACCUGGAUUCGUUGCAUUUGGAGGGCGCUGGAAAAAUGGUCGAGUUCAAGGAUAUUUGCGCGAAUUUCACCACCGAUACGAUCGGUAUCACUGCGUUUGGGUUAAAACUAGGUUCGCUGGAGAAUCCAAAAGCACCGUUCCGUGAAUAUGGCAGGAAGAUCUUCCAUUCUAGUUACCAUCGUAACAUGGAGUCACUUAUCAUAUCCUUCGCGCCUCAGUUAGCCAAAUAUCUCAAACCGAAGUUUUUUGGGAAAAAAGCGACUAACUUUCUCCGAUCUGUUUUCUGGGAUGUGAUUGCAAAACGAGUCGAUUCGGGUCAAAAGAGGAAUGACCUUAUCGAUGUGCUGAUCGAGAUCAGAAAAACAUACAAGAAUGACGAAAGGUUAAAGGAUUAUAAAUUCGAUGGUGACGAUUUAUUGGCACAAGCGGCCAUAUUAUUUGCUGCUGGUUUUGAAACAUCUUCUACCACCAUGUCGUUUACACUGUACGAACUUGCAUUGAACCCAGAUGUACAGAAGAAACUUAGGGCAGAGAUUCGCGAUGCUCUAGAGGAAACUGGUGGAAAAAUCACAUACGAUAUGAUUACGACGCUACCAUACCUCGAUAUGGUAAUUUCUGAAAGUCUUCGUAAAUAUCCAGCUGUAGCAUACAUGGAUCGAAUGACCCUUGCCGAUUACAAAGUACCUAAUUCCGAUCUGGUGAUAGAGAAAGGCACCCCAAUAUUCAUUUCGAUAAUGGGUUUGCACUACGAUUCGCAGUACUUCUCGAAUCCGGAAAAAUUCGAUCCACUCCGAUUUACAGAGGAAGUCAAAGGUACCAGGCCAAGUUUCGCCUUCUUGCCCUUUGGUGGCGGACCUCGCGGCUGCAUUGGUAUGCGACUGGGACUCAUGCAAUCCAAACUUGGAAUCGUACAGAUAAUGAAGGACUACGAAGUUUCGCCUUGUGAAAAAACCAAAAUUCCAAUAGUUCUAGAUCCCCAAGGAAUCAUCACGACAGCUUUAGGAGGAGUACAACUCAAUAUUCGAAAAAUUACCACUGCUGCUGGAUUUAAAAUGGCUUUAUUAACGCUAUACUGGAGUCUGGAUGGCAUCCUCAUCCUUUCGUCCUUGAUAGUUGCUGCUUAUCUGUACGUGACUCGGAAAUUCAAUUACUGGUCGAAACGGGGCGUGAAAGGGAUUCCACCUACGCCUUUCGUAGGCAACUUCAUGGACUGUCUUCUUGCAAGAAAAUCGAACGCAGAAUUUCUCAGGGACCUAUACGUUUACGGCAAAGGUUUGCCUUAUCUGGGAUUCUAUGUCUUCGACAAACCUCAGCUGCUAGUUCGCGAUCCAGAACUCGCGAAGCACAUCCUAGUGAAGGACUUCGACUAUUUCUCUGAUAGGUACGCGGCUGCAGAUGAGAAAAAUGAUCGUUUUGGAUACGCAAAUGUGGUCCUGAUGAAAAAUCCGGAAUGGAGAUCUCUUAGGGCAAAACUGACGCCGGUAUUUACCCCGGGCAAGAUGAAGACAAUGUUCGAUUUAAUGUUGACAGUCGCUGACGAUCUUAGAAAGCAUCUCGAUUCGUUGCAUUUGGAGGGCGAUGGAAAAAUAAUCGAGUUCAAGGAGAUUUUCUCGAAUUUCAGCACCGAUUUGAUCGCUAGCGUUGCGUUUGGUUUAAAAGUAGGUUCGUUGGAGAAUCCAAAAGUACCGUUUCGUGAAUAUGGCAGGAAGAUCUUGGAUUCUAAUUUCCAUCGUAACCUGGACUUUCUUAUCAUAUCCUUUGCGCCUCACUUAGUCAAGUAUUUUAAGCCGACGUUCUUUGGAAAAGAAGCACCUAAAUUCUUCCGACCUCUUUUCUGGGAUCUGAUUGAACGGCGAGUCGAUUCGGGUCAGAAGAGGAAUGAUCUCAUCGAUGUGCUGAUCGAGAUCAGGAAAACAUACAAGAACGACGAACUUUUGAAGGAUUAUAAAUUCGAUGGUGAUGAUUUAAUGGCACAAGCGAUGAUUCUUUUUACUGCUGGCACUGAAACAUCUGCUACCGUCAUGGCUUUCGCAAUGCUGGAACUUGCAAUGAACCCAGAUAUACAGAAGACACUUAGGGCAGAAAUUCACGAUGCUCUAGAGGAAACUGGUGGAAAAAUCACAUACGAUAUGAUUACGACGCUACCAUAUCUCGAUAUGGUAAUUUCUGAAACUCUUCGUAAAUAUCCAUCUGUAGCACAGGUGGAUCGAGUUACCCUUGCCGAUUACAAAGUGCCUAAUUCCGAUCUGGUGAUAGAGAAAGGCACCCCGAUAUUCAUUUCGAUAAUGGGUUUGCAUAAUGAUUCGCGGUACUUCCCAAAUCCAGAAAAAUUCGAUCCAUUUCGAUUUACCGAGGAAGCCAAAAAUACCAGACCAAGUUCCGUCUACUUGCCCUUUGGUGGGGGACCCCACGGCUGCAUUGGUAUGCGAUUGGGGCUCAUACAAUCCAAACUUGCAGUCGUACAGGUAUUGAAGGACUAUGAAGUUUCACCUUGUGAGAAAACAAAAACUCCAAUUGUCCUAGAUCACACAGCAGUCGUCACGGCUUCUUUGGAAGGAGUACAACUCAAUAUUCGAAAGAUUACCACUGCUGCUGAUUAGACGAAGCUAAAGUUUUACGAAUCGCGUUAUGCAUACCAAUUUUCUGCUUUAUUUGUGAUAAGUUAGAUAUAUUUUAUUACCGAAUUGGCGAAGUUCAACAAGUAACAUCGUCAUUUCUGUCUCAGGAGAAACGAAUCUUUGGAUAUUAAAUAUAUUCUAAAAUCGUAAUCCUAAAUGCUCGAAAAUUGUGAUUUCAAAUAUCUGAAAAUAAUUAGAUUUAUUUGGUAAUAGAUAAUACGAAAUCAUGUUUCUGUGAAUUUGUCGUAUCCUGGCGAGGAAAAUAUUGCAUGCAGAGGAAACACAGUCAGUUUUGUUUCACUUA